AUGAGGGAUCUGGUGAGACUCGGUUUUUGCAGUAUUCGAUAUGUGUUAAUGGAAUCCGACAAGCAGCGACAUAAAGCGAUGGUUACGUUUUCUACGAGGAUGGGUGCAUUCCAAUCGAGGACUCUCCUGAAUGUCAACUGGCUGCCGACACCGAAGAAGAGCCUUACGAUAGUUUUGACUGUUCAUCGAAACAGGACGGAAUUUCCUCGAUCGGCUGCGCAAACCAGUUUGUCAACUGUGUAUCAGGACAAACCUAUCACAUGA